GGUCCUCCCCCCGCGGGCCGGGCAUGCUGCCCCCCGGAAGGAGCCCCUUUCCUCGCUCCCCCCGGCGCCCAGGCGGAGCAUGAACAUUGAGGAUGGCGCGUGCCCGCGGCUCCCCGUGCCCCCCACUGCCGCCCAGUAGGAUGUCCUGGCCCCAUGGGGCCCUGCUCUUCCUCUGGCUCUUCUCCCCACCCCUGGGGGCCGGCGGGGGCGGCGUGGCCGUGACAUCUGCCGCCGGAGGGGGCUCCCCGCCGGCCACCUCCUGCCCCGCGGCCUGCUCCUGCAGCAACCAGGCCAGCCGGGUGAUCUGCACAAGGAGGGAGCUGGCCGAGGUCCCGGCCAGCAUCCCCGUCAACACGCGGUACCUGAACCUGCAGGAGAAUGGCAUCCAGGUGAUCCGGACAGACACAUUCAAGCACCUGCGGCACCUGGAGAUCCUGCAGCUGAGUAAGAACCUGGUGCGCAAGAUCGAGGUGGGCGCCUUCAAUGGGCUGCCCAGCCUCAACACCCUGGAGCUGUUCGACAACCGGCUGACGACGGUGCCCACGCAGGCCUUCGAGUACCUGUCCAAGCUGCGGGAGCUCUGGCUGCGGAACAACCCCAUCGAGAGCAUCCCGUCGUACGCCUUCAACCGCGUGCCCUCGCUGCGCCGCCUCGACCUGGGCGAGCUCAAGCGGCUGGAGUACAUCUCCGAGGCAGCCUUCGAGGGCCUGGUGAACCUGCGCUACCUCAACCUGGGCAUGUGCAACCUCAAGGACAUCCCCAACCUGACGGCCCUGGUGCGCCUGGAGGAGCUGGAGCUGUCAGGCAACCGGCUGGACCUGAUCCGCCCGGGCUCCUUCCAGGGCCUGACCAGCCUGCGCAAGCUGUGGCUGAUGCACGCCCAGGUGGCCACCAUAGAGCGCAACGCCUUCGACGACCUCAAGUCGCUGGAGGAGCUCAACCUGUCCCACAACAACCUGAUGUCGCUGCCCCACGACCUCUUCACGCCCCUGCACCGCCUCGAGCGCGUCCACCUGAACCACAACCCCUGGCACUGCAACUGCGACGUGCUCUGGCUGAGCUGGUGGCUCAAGGAGACGGUGCCCAGCAACACGACGUGCUGCGCGCGCUGCCACGCGCCCGCCGGCCUCAAGGGGCGCUACAUCGGCGAGCUGGACCAGUCGCACUUCACCUGCUACGCGCCCGUCAUCGUGGAGCCGCCCACGGACCUCAACGUUACCGAGGGCAUGGCCGCCGAGCUCAAGUGCCGCACGGGCACGUCCAUGACCUCCGUCAACUGGCUGACGCCCAACGGCACCCUCAUGACCCACGGCUCCUACCGCGUGCGCAUCUCCGUCCUGCACGACGGCACGCUCAACUUCACCAACGUCACCGUGCAGGACACGGGCCAGUACACCUGCAUGGUGACGAACUCGGCCGGCAACACCACCGCCUCGGCCACGCUCAAUGUCUCGGCCGUGGACCCCGUGGCGGCUGGAGGCGCCGGGGGCGGCCUCGGGGGCGGGGGCGGCGGCGGGGGCAGCGGCGGCUACACCUACUUCACCACGGUGACGGUGGAGACCCUGGAAACGCAGCCCGGAGAGGAGGCCCUGCAGCCGCGGGGUACCGAGAAGGAGCCGCCGGGGCCCACGACGGACGGCGUCUGGGGCGGGGGCCGGCCGGGGGAGGCGGCCGGCCCGGCCUCGUCGUCCACCACGGCGCCCGCCCCGCGCUCCUCGCGCCCCACGGAGAAGGCGUUCACGGUGCCCAUAACGGACGUGACGGAGAACGCCCUCAAGGACCUGGACGACGUCAUGAAGACCACCAAGAUCAUCAUCGGCUGCUUCGUGGCCAUCACGUUCAUGGCCGCCGUGAUGCUCGUGGCCUUCUACAAGCUGCGCAAGCAGCACCAGCUCCACAAGCACCACGGGCCCACGCGCACAGUGGAGAUCAUCAACGUGGAGGACGAGCUGCCCGCCGCCUCCGCCGUGUCCGUGGCCGCCGCCGCCGCUGUGGCCGGCGGGGGCGGCGUGGGCGGGGACAGCCACCUGGCCCUGCCCGCCCUGGAGCGCGACCACAUCAACCACCACCACUACGUGGCGGCCGCCUUCAAGGCGCACUACAGCAGCAACCCCGGUGGCGGGGGCUGCGGGGGCAAGGGUCCGCCCGGCCUCAACUCCAUCCACGAACCUCUGCUCUUCAAGAGUGGCUCCAAGGAGAACGUGCAAGAGACGCAGAUCUGA